AACCUGAAAUGACAGCUGAAAAAAAUGUCCGCUGAGGACUGGAUAAAAACGUUCGGAUAAGAAAAAUAAUAAAUUACGGUCACCGAUCUGAAUACCAAGUCAACAAGACGUAUAUUGUAAUGAGUCAGGGAUCAAGGUACGUCAGUCGAUAGUGAAAAAACGUUUCGAUUAGGGUAUUCAGAGAAAUACAAUUAAUGAAAAUUAUUGGAGUGAACGUUUAUGGAUUGAUUCUGUUUUCGUGAAUGGGCUUGAUUUUUUGGUGUAAAAUAAUACCAAACGAAGACUGAACAUUCAGCAAAAUGGACACAGAAUUGUCCGAACAAUUCUACAGAAUUCAGGCGAUUGAUAGAGCCUUACGAAUUCCAUCUGUCAAUUAUCUGUGGGACAAAUCCACAGCUGUUUAUGGGAAAGUUAAAGGUGUCAACACAUUCACAAAUUGGGCGUUUGAUAGAAUCGAAACAGUCCUCCAGACUGUUCUCGAGAAAUCAUUGCCAGUUGCGCGUUUUAUGGAGAAACCAAUUUAUAAUCUUGACAAAACAUUCUGUCAAGGCUUGGACUUUGUUGAAGUCAAACUACCAAUAAUCAAGGAAGAUCCUAAACAAAUUUUAGAUCGUACAAAGUCACUCGUUUCCGAGAGACUCCGUCCAGCUGUACAAAUAUUCAUUGACUUGAAACAAGAGACAAAGCAGAGAGUGAGAAUAAUAACCCUCCAUACUUACUACAAAGCACACUACUUGAGAGUUUACAGUUGGCAACAGGCUGACAAAGUUAUGUCAACUGAGACGGGAAUUAAUAUUUUAAAGACUGUUGACAAUACCACUGGCCUGGCUGAGCUGAUGCUCGAUAAAUAUUUGCCUGCUCUUGAGGAUGAAAAUUGCAGUGACUUUGAGGAUGAAUGUAGUGAGCACGUUAAACUUCAUCACACCAUCGUAAGAUUGAGUGAAUUUAGCAGCAGGGCAUCGCGUAGAAUUUACGUAGCCCUGAUGGAGAGACUCCAGUACAUGUACAAAAUCGAAAUUCUCAUCUUGAUUCUACAUGCACUUAUUGUGAUUCAAGCUAUCAAAUUUUUGGAGACUAUUGUGACAUCUGUACUUAAAUUCACGUUUAGGUUCUAGAGUUGAUGCUGUGAUAUUGAAAUUUUCACCUUUUUAGUUUGAGGAAUUUUUGUGUUUGUAAUUGUGUGAUGCACUAAUAUAAUUUUAUAUUCUACAUAUAACGAAGAGACGAAGUUUGAAUAGUCUCAGGCCAUAACAAGUUUAUGUGUAUGAUCAUUGUGGUGUUUUCAGUUUCUUGUGAAAUAAUAAAAAUAUCAUUUAUUUUUA